AUGGGGACGCAAAAGCCCGGGGAAUGGGCGAAUUUGGUGCUAGCGCGGUUCGAGGAACAGCUGCCGUGUCGUUCCGGUCCUGAAAGUCCCCAUUCUCGGGUGAACGAGAAGACGAGCAAGAAAUGCCUGAUAGAGAUCUCUCGGUAUCGUUUCUCCCUCAUUAUAUCUGGCCUUACAAAGAUGCUACAGCGGGUCAACGAGUUGACCCCAAGUACGAACAGUCAACGGCCGUUCCAACCCAAGGAUCAGGAUCGGCAAGAGUCCAUCAUCAUCGUUCUGGAUACGUUGGAGAAGUGCCUGGCGAACACACCGAAGGACACAACCAAAUUCGAGGAGGCGAUGAAUGUGAAACUGCUGCUGCGGGAGAUAUGUCAGUUUAUAGGAAUGCCCUACGACAGUCCGCAGACGAAAAUGAUAAGGGAUUUAGCGAGCAAAGUGCUGUUCGCUUUAAGCUUGAAUUUCUUCAACGCGGUCUUCAAUCGGAUAUCGGCCAGGCUUCAGGAACUGUCGUCCAAUAGCGGAGACGAGAAUCUGGAUUGCAGCGACAUCGAGCUGAUGCAGUAUAUCAAUGUCGAUGUCCACAGAUUGACCAGGCUUCUGAACGAAAUUAUACUGAAAGUUCGGCAACUGAUCGGCAAGAAGUCGGCCUAUCUCGUGCUUAUGAAUCCCCUGGAGAAAGCGAUCUGGAACUGGAUGGACACAUAUCCGCUGGAGUUCGCCGAGGUGCAAAAGCAGCCUAAUGAGGAUCUCAGUAAGGCGUGCGAGGAGCUGUUCGAUAUUCUCGACACGUUCGUCGUCGAGAAGAAGAGUCGCGCGGCCUCUGUUUGGCCGUUGCAGAUAAUGCUGCUGAUACUUUCGCCUAAGGUGCUGGAGAUUGUGAACGCCGAUUCCGGGCCGCCCGAUUCGCCACGGUAUUCGAGGAAAAAGCAGUUCAUCGACAGUGUGAAACGCAGCCUGAGAAUGCACGGCAGCUCCUCUAGUCGUCAACUAUCCGAGGCUGCGGCUAUCACGUGUGUCAAUCUCACCAAGGCGGCCACGUAUGUCAGUAACGCUGAAUCCAGCAACAACGUCAUCCUAAUUUUAGUGCAGCAGCUAAGGGAUGAUCUGAUGAAUGUUCUCUUCAAUCCCUCGAAACCAUUUUCACGCGGGCAAAAUUAUAGCGCGCAGGACGUCGAUCUGAUGAUCGACUCCUUCGUCAGCUUCUUCCGUAUCAAUCCGCACAACAACGAAGUUUUUAAGUUUUGCUUGAACGUCAACUACUCGUCAACGUACCAGUUUGUUCUAGUCAGCUCAUUAUACAAAAUCUUCACGCAGCCGAGAUUACCGUGGUGGCCGGAGACCAGUCUUGUAUAUUCGUAUGGCACACAACUCAGGAAUAUGUUUACCGAUACUCUGAAUAAAGUGACGCAGAACUGCAUGUGGAAUACGCCGCUGCGUAUGAUUCAUAACUUUGCUCUCAAGCCUAAAGAAGAGAUGGCCAAUUCUAAAAACCUAUUGUUGGUGAUGGUGCGACUCAUUCACGUGGACCCUAUGUUAAUGUUGCACAGUUACGGUACAGCUGGCCACGAAAUACAAAGAUCCACUUUAGAAUUGAUUAAUGGACUUGUUUCAUUAGUUCAUCAGCCUACAAUGCCAGACAUCGCCCAUGAAGCGAUGGAGGCUUUGCUAGUGCUACACCACCCAGACAAAGUCAAAGCAUGGAAUCCAGAAGCACCGCUCGAUACUUUCUGGGACGCUAGCUCGCAAGUGGUAUUCUCGAUCUCUCAGAAAUUAAUUCAACAUCAAAUUAUCAACUAUACGACUAUACUUAAGUGGCUUCGCGAGAUACUGAGUUGCAGGAAUGCCUUCCUUUCUCAAUAUAAAGAUUAUGCGAAUGUGGACUGCCAUAUUGCGAUCAGUAAACAAGCGUACAUUAAACUUGAGGUCGUAUGUUUGAUAUAUUUAUGGAGUAUAGACAUGGAGGCUGUUUUAGUAUCUAUGUCAUGUUUUGCAUUAUUAUGCGAAGAAGCUGAAAUUAUUUGUGGCAACGACGAGGUAGCAGUAACUUGUCUUCUUCCGAAUUAUCAGUUGUAUCUAGAAUUGGCGCAAGCUUCGUCCGUGUUGAUCUCUGCCCACGGGGAGACAAGACUAUGUUAUCAGGAAUAUAAUCACGGGCGCGCCACAUUACAAAAGAAAAUAUUAUCCUUGUUGAGAAAGAUAGAAGUUUGCGUGAACGGUAUACAACCAGCUUGGGAAGAAACAUUUAAAAAUUGGGAAGCGACUUCGCGACAAUUGUCUAGUUAUCCUAAAAGCAAAACUGAGGAUGUACAGAUAGAGCCGUUUUGUCGCGGCAAUGUAAAACGUAGAGCAGCACAUCAAAAUUCGGAGCAUGAAGUGGAAGAGCAAAUUAACGAAUGGGCCAACAUGACAGGGUUUCUUUGCGCUUUGGGCGGAGUAUGCUUACAACGUCGUUCACCGAAUAGACCGCUAUAUGGCGUAUUUCCUUUUAAUUCUGAUAAGAAAGGCUUGACGAAACAACAGGACUCUAUCUCAAGUUUAACAAAUUCGAAUCAAGAUACGCAAUAUUGUUCAGUAACGCAAUUCGUUUUCAACUUACUACGUUUAUUAAUUUGUAACAACGAGAAACUUGGAAAUCAAAUACAGAAACACGUAAAAGAGUUACUUGCAUACGAGAUGAGUCCUGCUCUAUAUCCAAUAUUAUUUGAUCAAAUAAAAAAUUUUAUUGAGAAAUUUUUUGAUCCACGUGGUCACAUCGUAAUAUCAGAUUUGAAUACGCAGUUUAUUGAACAUACAAUAUUUAUAAUGAAAAACAUUCUGGACUCAAAGACGGAUCAACCAUCGGAAUACCUCGGAGUGACCAGCAUUGAAGGCAUGAUGGUGGCGAUUGUUAGAUAUGUCAGGCAUUUGGACAUGACAGUGCAUUCCAUUUGUAUUAAAACUAAAUUAUGCCAACUGGUUGAAGCUAUGAUGAAGAGACGGGAUGAUCUAGCGUUUAGACAAGAGUUGAAAUUUCGCAACAAACUAGUUGAAUAUUUGACCGAGUGGAUAAUGUGCACGCAUUCUUUUCCUUCAACAACUGUCGAUAUUACAGCUUACACUAGAGAUUUGGAUCAAGCUUGCAUGGAGGCAGUAGGAGCAUUAUUGCGCGGACUUCCUCUUCAACCUGAAGAUUCUGACCGCGUCGAGUUGAUGGAAGCAAAGUCUGAACUGUUUUCGAAAUAUUUCAUGCUCUUUAUGAAUUUAAUAAAUUAUUGCAACGAAUCAUCAUCAUCGGAGGAUAAAGAUGUUGUAUCUCGACAACCGUCUACGUUAACGACCAGCAAAUUAACCACUUUGCGCAAUACCACCAUUCAAGCUAUGAGUAAUCUUCUCAGUGCAAAUAUAGACAGUGGCUUAAGGCACUCAAUACAUUUAGGCUACAACGCAGAUCUCCAGACGCGAGCCGCAUUUAUGGAAGUAUUGACUAAAAUCCUUCAGCAAGGAACGGAGUUUGAUACCCUUGCCGAGACUGUUUUAGCGGACAGAUACGAACAAUUAGUUGAACUUGUUACAAUGAUCAGUGAUAAAGGCGAAUUGCCUAUUGCCAUGGCAUUGGCUAAUGUGGUGACGACAAAUCAAAUGGAUGAGUUGACGCGUGUCUUUGUGACACUGUUUGAUGCAAGGCAUUUAUUAUGGAAUCUAUUAUGGAAUAUGCUUUAUCGGGAGGUCGAGCUAACUGAUUGCAUACAGACUCUCUUUCGCGGCAAUACUUUGGGAAGUAAGAUCAUGUCCUUUUGCUUUAAAAUUUAUGGUACCAGUUACUUGCAAGGCUUGCUCGAGCCUCUCAUUAAACCCUUACUGGACGAGCCAACAAUUAGUUUCGAAGUAGAUAGUGCAAGGAUUGACCCCAAUGAAAAUAUUGAACAAAACGGCGAAAAUUUAAUCAUAUUGACACAAAAAGUGUUCAAUGCCAUCGUAUCAUCGGCAGAUAAGUUUCCUCCGCAGCUACGCUCGAUGUGUCACUGCCUGUUUCAAGUAUUGUGCAAAAGAUUUCCGCAAUCUCCGCAGAGCAACAUUGUAGCCGUAGGAACGGUGAUAUUUUUACGUUUCAUUAAUCCUGCUAUUGUCUCACCUCAAGAGAUGGGUAUCGUAAACAAACCAGUACCGUAUGAAGUUAAACGAGGCCUCAUGCUUAUGUCAAAGAUAUUGCAAAACAUUGCGAAUCAUGUAGAAUUCAGCAAAGAGCAGCAUAUGUUGCCUUUCAAUGAUUUUUUAAGAACGCAUUUUGAGAUUGGUCGACGGUUCGUUAUACAGAUAGCAUCGGAUUAUGAAACGCUUGAUGAAACCAGCCAUCCUAUGUCAUUUGUUUCGGAUGCCAAUGUUUUGGCGUUGCACAGAUUGUUAUGGAAUCAUCAAGAAAAAAUUGGAGAUUAUCUUAGUAGUAGUAGAGACCAUAAAACGGUCGGAAGGAGACCGUUUGACAAAAUGGCUACGUUAUUAGCGUAUCUUGGUCCACCUGAGCAUAAACCGAUGGAUUCUCACUCGUUUUUUUCAACUGCUUACGUUCGCAUGUCACGAUGGGCGAACAAAGACAUGUCGUCAACUAAUUUUGAAGAAAUCAUGAUGAAGCAUAAUAUGCACGAGAGAGAAGAAUUUAAAAGCAUUCAGAGUAUGAACAUUUUUUAUCAAGCAGGCACCAGCAAGCAAGGCUAUCCAGUAUUUUACUACAUUGCACGACGAUUCAAACUUGGUGAAACAAACGGCGAUCUACUAAUAUAUCACGUUAUUCUAACUUUGAAACCCUUCUAUCACUCUCCGUAUGACGUAGUCGUUGAUUUUACUCACACGUGUUCAGAUAACCGAUUUAGAUCGGAAUUUUUGCAAAAGUGGUUUUACGUUCUACCUGGAGCAGCCUAUGAAAAUCUCCACGCAGUAUACAUCUACAAUUGUAACAACUGGAUACGCGAGUAUACAAAGUAUCACGAUAGUAUUUUGGCACCAUUGAAAGGUAAUCGAAAAAUGGUCUUCAUCGAUAACCAAGGAAAAUUAAACGACGUGAUCGAUGUGGAACAACAAAAAUUACCUGGGGCGACAUUAUCUCUGGAUGAAGACCUGAAAGUCUUCACCAAUGUUUUGAAAUUAUCUCAUAAAGAAAAUCGGGUGUCCGUGAAGAUCGGACCAACGACACUGCAGAUAACGAAUAUGGAUAGAACGAAAGUAUUAUCGCACUCUGUUAUCUUAAAUGAUGUUUACUAUGCAUCCGAGAUAGAAGAAGUUCACAUGGUGGACGAGCAAUCAUUCGCCUUGACCAUUUCCAACGAAACGGGACUUCUGACUCUCGCCCACAACGAUUACGAUAUCAUCGUGCAGAAUAUAAUGCACAUUAAGAAUCGCUGGGCGCUGUCACAUCCGGACUCCAUGUCCGUUCAUUCGAAAAUCAGGCCUAAAGAUGUGCCGGGUACCUUAUUGAAUAUGGCCUUAUUGAAUCUCGGCAGUCCUGACCCCAAUCUUCGGACUGCCGCGUACAACCACCUAUGCGCGCUUACAGCGACAUUUGGCCUAAAGAUAGAGGGUCAACUGUUGGAGACGUCUGGUAUCUGCAUACCAUCGAAUAACACCAUAUUCAUUAAACAUUUGAGUGAGACUUUGGCAGCGAACGACCCGCAUCUCACGCUUGAGUUUCUCAAAGAAUGCAUACAAGGCUUCAGGGCGUCGACCAUUGAAUUAAAGCAUUUAUGCCUUGAAUAUAUGACGCCGUGGCUUAGCAACCUCAUACGAUUUUACAAACCCCAUGACGAGGGUGGCAAACGGCAGAAACAAGUUACAGAGAUUCUGGACGAUUUGAUUACGUUGACUGUCCAGGAAAUCGAAAUGUAUCCGAGUAUACAGGCCAAGAUCUGGAGCACGAUCGGUAUGCUGCCGGAACUGAUAGACGUUGUUCUCGAUAUUUUUCUCCAACGUAGCGCGCGAUAUGGCUUAGGUUCGCCAAUGGCCGAGAUCAUGGCGGAUACCGCGGUCGCUUUGGCAUCCGGUAAUGUGCAAUUGGUCGCCAAGAAAUUAAUCAACAAAGUAUGUCGAAUAGUAGACAAGACGUGCAUGUCGCCGACGUCACAGCUAGAGCAGCAUAUAAUGUGGAGCGAUAUAGCGAUCCUGGCAAGAUAUCUCCUGAUGUUAUCCUUUAACAAUUGUUUAGACGUAGGAAAACACUUGCCGUACAUUUUUCACACGGUGACGUUGCUCGUGUGUUCCGGCAGUUUGACUAUGCGAGCUUCCACUCAUGGUUUGGUAAUUAACAGUAUUCAUUCAUUGUGCACAUGCAAUUCGCCUUCGUUUUCCGAAGAUACACAUAGGAUAUUACGAAUGAGCCUAGAUGAAUUCUCAUUGCCGAAAUUUUAUUUAUUGUUCGGCAUCAGCAAAUCUGUGAAGUCUGCCGCUGGCACGGCUUUCUACAAACAUCCAAGAUCCAGCUGUAAACACGCUAAUGAAAAGUGGCUUGAAAGUGGAAUGAAAAGUAGCGAGAGAAACGCGUACGGGACGCAGGACAAGGAGAGACUUUAUUUAACUAGUUUAGAAGUUAUAACCGACGCUCUUCUGGAGAUUAUGGAAGCUUGCAUGCGAGAUAUUCCGAAGUGUGAUUGGUUAAAAACCUGGACUUCGUUAGCAAAAAAUUUUGCUUUCUGUUUAAAUCCGGCUUUGCAGCCGAGAGCGCUUAUUGUCUUCGGUUGUAUCAGUAAAAGUAUAACGGAUCAAGACAUGAGGCAACUACUGAAGAUACUGAUGAAGGCGCUCGAAAGUUUUAACGAUAUUAAUCUUAUGGAGGCUAUUGUUAUGUGCUUAACGCGAUUGCAACCUCUUCUGAGACCUGAAUCACCAAUACAUAGAUAUUUAUUCUGGAUUGCUACAUCCGUUCUCGAGUUAGACGAAGCUUCGUUAUAUGCAUCCGGUCUAGCUCUUCUCGAACAAAACUUGCACACACUUGACUCACAGGGUACUUUCGACGAGAAGACAUUAGAAUACGUAAUGAUGUCAACGCGUGAAUCUUUGGAAUGUCAGUUUAAACAAUUAGAUCACACUGUCGGCUUGUCCUUUAAGUCUAACUUUCAUUUCGCGUUGGUCGGUCAUCUUCUGAAAGGCUACAGACAUCCUACGCCAACUACAGUCACUAGGACGAUCAGAGUGUUGACUAUGUUGCUGGCAAUCGUAGCUAAACCCUCCAAAAGAGAUAAAUUCGAAGUAACGCCAGAGAGUGUUCCUUACUUAACCGCGUUGGUGGCUGUGUCGGAAGAGGUUCGUAGCAGAUGCCAUAUUCGACAUUCACUUGACAAAAGCUUGCACGAUUCGUCAGGCAGUUCGGACGUUCUCGAUACUUUACCAUCGCGCAACACGGAUAUGCCUGGAGCUUCUAAUCCUACGAGUAGACGACAGAAGACCUGGGAUUUACUGGAUCAAUCAGCGCUUACUCAAGCAAAACAACAAAAACAAUCUGCACAGACCGGCCGGCUUUUAUUUAAAUCGCAGCGAUCUUUGAGCGUGCCGAGCGCAAAGGACGACAAGUCGGCGGACAACGCAGAGCCACAGAGAGAUCGUAGCACAAGAGUGAGCCUAAGUAACGAAAACAAUGUUUUACUCGAUCCGGAAGUGUUAACGGACUUUUCAACGCAGACUUUGGUGCUGACCAUGUUGGCCACGUUGGUCAAGUAUUCCGUCAAUGAAAACGAAACGCGGAUUCUUUAUGAGUAUCUGGCGGAAGCGACUAUAGUUUUUCCAAAAGUUUUUCCAGUCGUACAUAACUUGCUCGACGCGAAGAUCAAUAGCGUAUUGUCUUCCUGUCACGACCAAGCGAUACUGAACGCGGUUCAAACAAUCAUACAGAACAUGAUAGCCUGCGAAGACACGAACCAGCAACAUCAUUUGCAACACUAUUUGCAAAGCUGCGGAUUUCGCGGUCUUUGGAGGUUCGCGGGGCCUUACACGAACUCUAACUGUACGCCUGAGAGUGCCGAAUUGUUUGUGAAUUGUCUAAAGGCAAUGGUAGAAAUGUGUUUGACGACGCAAGACAGUAAAGACACGGUUACCCGAAAGAAUAAACGGACUGGUAGCUGUCGAUCGGAUUUUGCAUCGAAAACAAGACCAUCUACUGGAAUUGUCCAGGAACAAUCUCGUACAUCGACGGAGAUCGACGUUUCUUCCGUUCAUGUGAAUCAUGGUACGAAUGGUAAACGAGUCGAUUCGGUUAAUGCGAGUCAAACCGAAGAUACGGGUGGCGGUGAUAAUGGCGGUUCACAACCUUAGCAAUUAAUUUGUGAUACUGACGGGCAAUGUGAUAAAAGUGUGCGUAAGAAACAAAAUAAUCGAAAGUUGCAACGGCAGAUGAGGUGUGUGAACUAUAAAUAAUCGCAUCGUAAAUAUAGGUGAGAUACCAACGACCCAAUUAAAAGACACUGCAAUGUCUUUUAAUUCAAUCACAUUAUGAAAGCAAUUUACUGCUAAUAUUUUAUUUUAUAGAACCUCGCACAUGUUUAUCCCAUGUUAUUGCUGCAACCUGUCCAGUCAGUUUAGUAUAAUGCCGUCCAUGAUAAUGAGCCUAUAGAAGCUGUCAACGAAAGCUACGUUUCCGAAGAACACUACUUUAUUUCCUUUAGCAAUUCAUGCAGACAACUUUGCGUUUUUUUUUUUAAGCUUGUAAUCAUUUUAUCAAUAUCGUAUAAAACUCGCUGUCUUAAUUUGACAGUUUUGUUAUGAGAUUUAAGUGAAUACUAUAGCAUAUAUGUUGUCAAUAUUUUUACAACAAAUUUAAGCCUAACUUGUAAACAUAAAUUUUUCCUCGCUGUAUAUCAUAAAAUCUGCUUCGGCGAGUUAGAAUAUCUAAUGCAUUUCGUCAUAAAUUUGUUGAAUCAACAUUGAAUCGACAUUGUAUAUGUUCGAUAUUUUUUUCGUGAUUACACGCAUAAUUUAUUGACUGAUUCUGCCAUGGUUGCAAUACAAUACAUACACAGAAUCUUAACGGUCCAUAGAGAACCAACCGCGAAAAGAGUAGAUAAAUACAAAUUUAUCAGAAUUUAUCGCAAUUUUUUCGUUGUAUAGAAAUAUGUAUCAAGUAUAAUGCAAGAGAGUAAGUCUACGAUAUAUUUUUAAGUAAUUAGUUAUAAAAUAUUACCAUAAUUAUUCUACUUACGAAAAAAUCCGUUGGUCCUCUAAGGUCCUAGAAAUGCGAUUGCGCUCGACGCAACUUUCUACGCAGGAGGACCGCUCAUUCCUCGUAUGCCGUUGCAUAUAGAUCUCAACAAUGUAAAGAUGAUCUGGACCAGUGGCGCCUGUGUCGUCUCAAGGCGUUCGAAGCUGCGGGAUGAAUAAUUUUAGACCUAUCAAAAGAAACACCAAUGUAAAUGUACAUGUCUACUACUUAUUAAAGUACAAAGCGAGACCAAGCGAUAUCUUCUUCUCCAUAUUGUAAUAUAAGCCGAAAUAUUUUAGUAAUAAGGAGAAGGAAAAGAAUAGCAAAUGUAAAUCGAUAGAUCUCACACUUGUUAUUAGCAACAAUGAGUACCAAGUGCCAGAGAUCGCGUUAAAAUAGUAUUUUGACGUGCGCGUAUCGUGAAUAUAUACAUAUAUAUAUAUAUAUGUACAUGUAUAUUCGUUUUAUUUAAAUCUCAUUUAUUUAUUUAGGUGAACUUUCUUUGACGCCAUAGCAAGUGUGACAUACAUAGAUAAUAAAAUGUCACCCAGACAACAUUAUCUUAAAGACGACUAAAAGACGUCUUAAAUUAAGAUGUCUCUUAGUCUUUGAGACGUCUUAGGAUAUCUUUUUAUAACAAAGAUAUCUUAAUACUUUUUUUUUAAUGUCUUUUAGAUAUGCGUGUUGUCUGGGUCAGAUUGAGAAACGUGGAAAUUGAUAUUUUUGUGCGGCUAUGCAGAAUGAAUAGCAGCUUGUUAACGGCACUAGAGCGAUUGUGAGUUUGAGAGAUGUAUUGAUGUAUUUGUACAUAGUGCGUUAUAAAAUGUUUAUACAAUCGUGGCGACUUUGUAAAUUGAUUUUGUUCGUCUGUAUUUUUAGAAAAGUUUUUAGAGAUGCACGACUCGUCGUAGGAAAUCGACGAAUGUCCCAGUUAAUGCGUUGAUUUUUAUAUAUAGUUCGGUAUUCAUAAUCAAUUUUUAUUUCAAGAUCGUCUUAAGUAAGAUGCUAAUAUGGUUCUCUGAUCGAUUGAUGACAUCUUAAGAUGGUACUUAUAUUUAAGAUAAUCUUAAAUAUAAGAAUUGAUUAUGAAUAUCGAUCAUAGAGCUUCUUCCGAGCUUGUACUUAAUGUCUAAAUGAAUUUACGUUCAAGUCAUUAAUUACUAUUACGUAAACUUUGAUAUAAUGAUUUUAUUAUACAUUUACGUGCACUAGUCAUAUUUUAAAAUAUCAAAAAAACUCGAAGUAACUUUUUUAUAGUUUUUACAUGUAUAGUCUGUUCUUUUCAGCUGGAUUUCUUGCACAAUUUAUCUUUUCGUUUUUCUCCACGUUAGAGAAUAAAAGAGAAAAGAUAAACGGUACAAAACGUUCAGCUGAAAAACAGAUCUUUAUUCCUACUGAAUUUUUAUAAACUUUGUCAGUUUGGUAAACAUCAUAACAUAUAUAUAUGUAUAGGCUAACUUUAAAUUAAUGAUUUAUUCAUUGAGUACUGAUUCAUUCACAAAGCGCUCAUUUUAUUCGCGCAGUUCGGAUUUGUUAAGCGCAUCCGUAACUGCCGUGUUAUCUGGCCUCUUGUUGUCUUUUACCAAAGGUGCAAAUCGUCCCUAAGCUGCGUUAGGAAAGGCGAUUAAUUCAUUAACAAUUAUGUAUAAUUAAGAUAGACCAUAAUGGUAAUUGCUUAACACGAAUGCGUCGCAUAUAACGAAUUUGUCAUCAAUUUGGCAUUUUCCUUUCAGACCUCGUGUUUUCGCGAUAUUCCUAGAUUGCGUCAUUACAAUGAAUUUGUAAAUACUACAAUUUUAGCGUGUAAAGGUUGAUGAACAACGAGUUGUACGUCGGACUAGCGAGCGUUCGUCUAUACAAAAAAAAAAGAAAAUCUACACGCACAUUUUUCUAGCCUUCGCAUAUAGUGCAGUUUACGAUUUAAAAAAAAAAAGAAUGGAGGAGGUUGUCGAUUUUUUUAAAUCGUGCGUAAAUUUUAUAUCAAUUGUUCUUUUUUCAUUACGAUUUGCACUUGAUGUUAAAUUAAUUUUGUUUUGAACAAUUUUAUCAGUAUUAUUUGAACGCAUAUUUUCAUAUGUAAUUUAAUACGUUCGACUUGCCAUGCUGUUAUAAACUUUUGUACAUACAGGAGUUAUAUGACAAUGCUAUCGGAUAGAGUACACACGCGUCCGACAGUACUGUAUGCACUGUGUGCGAGCAAAGAGUGCGUAUAUAAGUGCGUAAGAACGUAAGAUGUAAUAAUGUUUAUUUAGCGGAUCGUGAGAUACGCGCACAAGAUAGUUAAAUGUAUUAAUAGCUGUGCGAACCCUCGAUUCUCGCGGUCGUCAUUAAGCGUAUUGUUUUUCUCUCGAUCAACAAAUCUCUCCAUGACGUGAUUAUAUCAGGCCUUUCUACAAGCGCAAUGAGAUAAUUUUUUGUGUAAAUAUGUCCACGAGAUUAAAACGCUGUUUGUUAAACUA